AUGGCAGUCCCCCUCCAUACCUCUUCCCAUGGCAGUCCCCCUCCAUACCUCUUCCCAUGGCAGUCCCCCUCCAUACCUCUUCCCAUGGCAGUCCCCCUCCAUACCUCUUCCCAUGGCAGUCCCCCUCCAUACCUCUUCCCAUGGCAGUCCCCCUCCAUACCUCUUCCCAUGGCAGUCCCCCUCCAUACCCCUUCCCAUGGCAGUCCCCCUCCAUACCCCUUCCAAUGGCAGUCCCCCUCCAUACCUCUUCCCAUGGCAGUCCCCCUCCAUACCUCUUCCCAUGGCAGUCCCCCUCCAUACCCCUUCCAAUGGCAGUCCCCCUCCAUACCCCUUCCCAUGGCAGUCCCCCUCCAUACCUCUUCCCAUGGGAGUCCCCCUCCAUACCUCUUCCCAUGGCAGUCCCCCUCCAUACCCCUUCCCAUGGCUGUCUCCCUCCAUACCUCUUCCCAUGGCAGUCCCCCUCCAUACCUCUUCCCAUGGCAGUCCCCCUCCAUACCCCUUCCCAUGGCAGUCCCCCUCCAUACCCUUUCCCAUGGCAGUCCCCCUCCAUACCCCUUCCCAUGGCAGUCCCCCUCCAUACCCCUUCCCAUGGCAGUCCCCCUCCAUACCCCUUCCCAUGGCAGUCCCCCUCCAUACCACUUCCCAUGGCAGUCCCCCUCCAUACCCUUUCCCAUGGCAGUCCCCCUCCAUACCCUUUCCCAUGGCAGUCCCCCUCCAUACCCCUUCCCAUGGCAGUCCCCCUCCAUACCCCUUCCCAUGGCAGUCCCCCUCCAUACCCCUUCCCAUGGCAGUCCCCCUCCAUACCACUUCCCAUGGCAGUCCCCCUCCAUACCCCUUCCCAUGGCAGUCCCCCUCCAUACCACUUCCCAUGGCAGUCCCCCUCCAUACCUCUUCCCAUGGCAGUCCCCCUCCAUACCUCUUCCCAUGGCAGUCCCCCUCCAUACCUCUUCCCAUGGCAGUCCCCCUCCAUACCUCUUCCCAUGGCAGUCCCCCUCCAUACCCCUUCCCAUGGCAGUCCCCCUCCAUACCCCUUCCCAUGGCAGUCCCCCUCCAUACCCCUUCCCAUGGCAGUCCCCCUCCAUACCCCUUCCCAUGGCUGUCCCCCUCCAUACCUCUUCCCAUGGCAGUCCCCCUCCAUACCCCUUCCCAUGGCAGUCCCCCUCCAUACCCUUUCCCAUGGCAGUCCCCCUCCAUACCCCUUCCCAUGGCAGUCCCCCUCCAUACCCCUUCCCAUGGCAGUCCCCCUCCAUACCUCUUCCCAUGGCAGUCCCCCUCCAUACCCCUUCCCAUGGCAGUCCCCCUCCAUACCCCUUCCCAUGGCAGUCCCCCUCCAUACCUCUUCCCAUGGCAGUCCCCCUCCAUACCCCUUCCCAUGGCAGUCCCCCUCCAUACCCCUUCCCAUGGCAGUCCCCCUCCAUACCUCUUCCCAUGGCAGUCCCCCUCCAUACCUCUUCCCAUGGCAGUCCCCCUCCAUACCUCUUCCCAUGGCAGUCCCCCUCCAUACCUCUUCCCAUGGCAGUCCCCCUCCAUACCUCUUCCCAUGGCAGUCCCCCUCCAUACCCCUUCCCAUGGCAGUCCCCCUCCAUACCCCUUCCCAUGGCAGUCCCCCUCCAUACCCCUUCCCAUGGCAGUCCCCCUCCAUACCUCUUCCCAUGGCAGUCCCCCUCCAUACCUCUUCCCAUGGCAGUCCCCCUCCAUACCUCUUCCCAUGGCAGUCCCCCUCCAUACCCCUUCCCAUGGCAGUCCCCCUCCAUACCCCUUCCCAUGGCAGUCCCCCUCCAUACCCCUUCCCAUGGCAGUCCCCCUCCAUACCCCUUCCCAUGGCAGUCCCCCUCCAUACCUCUUCCCAUGGCAGUCCCUUAG